UGUGCUUGACGUCAUGCGAGCGAUGAGUAUUUAGCGACAGUGAUUUCAAUAUUUGGUGGUGUUUUAGUGGACUUAAUAUUGAUGUUUCUAGUGAAAUAGCAAAAAUGGAGACCGAAAGGAUGAUAGAAGAUACCAUACCGCCUCAGGUGACAUCGAUCACGUGCGUGGACUCGGGCGUGCGGCCGAUGCCAAGCAGUGCUGCGUACGCCGCCGAGAGAGACGCCUGCCUCAACUACUUUACGAGAUGGAACGAAACCGAUCAGGUGGAGUUUGUAGAACAGCUGUUGGCGCGCAUGUGUCAUUACCAGCAUGGGCAUAUCAACGCGUACCUCAAGCCGAUGCUGCAGAGAGAUUUCAUCAGUAUGCUGCCCAAGAAAGGUCUAGACCAUGUAGCCGAGAAUAUCCUGUCAUACUUGGAUGCCAGUUCCCUCUGUGCGGCCGAGCUGGUCUGCAGAGAGUGGUUGAGGGUCAUAUCUGAGGGUAUGCUGUGGAAGAAACUGAUUGAGAGGAAAGUUAGAACUGACUCGCUGUGGCGGGGUCUUGCUGAACGGAGAGGGUGGAUACAGUACCUAUUUAAACCGAAGCCAGGUAGCCAGCAUCCGUCCCACUCGUUCUACAGACAGUUGUACCCCAAGAUCAUUAAGGAUAUACAGAGUAUUGAGGAUAACUGGAGAAUGGGCAAACAUAACUUGCAGAGGAUAAAUUGUAGAUCAGAAAACUCGAAAGGCGUCUACUGUCUACAAUACGACGACAAUAAAAUAGUUUCCGGUUUAAGAGAUAACACUAUUAAGAUAUGGGACAGGAAAACGUUACAAUGUGUCAGGGAACUCCAAGGUCACACAGGGUCAGUACUAUGCCUUCAAUACGACGAGCGAGCAAUAAUAUCCGGUUCUUCAGACAGCACGGUCCGAGUGUGGGACGUAAACACGGGCGCGAUGCUCAACACGCUCAUACACCACUGCGAGGCUGUGCUGCAUCUCAGGUUCUGCAACGGCAUGAUGGUCACUUGCAGUAAGGACCGUUCGAUAGCCGUUUGGGACAUGACAUCGACCACAGAGAUCAUGCUGCGAAGAGUGCUGGUCGGCCACCGGGCUGCAGUAAACGUGGUGGAUUUCGACGAGAAAUAUAUUGUCAGCGCCAGUGGGGAUCGGACUAUUAAGGUAUGGAACACAUCAUCGUGCGAGUUCGUUCGCACCCUGAACGGUCACAAGCGAGGCAUCGCGUGCCUGCAGUACCGAGACCGACUGGUGGUCUCGGGUUCAUCCGACAACACUAUCCGACUGUGGGAUAUUGAGUGCGGACAGUGUAUACGAGUGUUGGAGGGCCAUGAAGAGCUUGUGAGGUGUAUACGAUUCGACAACAAGCGGAUAGUGAGCGGCGCUUACGACGGUAAAAUCAAAGUGUGGGACUUACCCGCAGCACUCGACGUGCGUACGCCGCACCAGGAGCUUUGUCUGCGGACACUCGUGGAGCACACGGGCCGCGUGUUCAGACUGCAGUUCGACGAGUUUCAAAUAGUUUCGUCUUCACACGACGACACGAUCCUCGUGUGGGACUUCCUGAACUAUGGGGGGGCUUCGCCCGCGCCCGCGCCGCCGCUGUCACGCUCCUCCGACCACGAGUUGGUUGAUCAUGAUCUGUAUGAUUAGUUAUUUAUUUAAGGACAAUAUAAGACUUGUAACCCAGAGGCGUGGCCUCGUGACAAACGUCACAUACGACUGUUUACAUCGUUACCAUGACGACGGGAUAAAGGCAUCGCCACACUUCCUACGAAAAACCCGGACUUUGUAUAAACUAGAAGAUUAAUUCUUCAAAAGUUCAAGAAUAUUGUGAGUUCUAUAACUGUAUGUUACGUGAAAAAUAUAGUUUGCACCAUAUAAAUUUGCAAUAGAAUUAAAAACUAUUCUAAUACAAAAAGCGUCAAAAAAUUCGUCCCCAUCGCUGUCAACUGGGAGCGUGCCCAAGAGGCUGGCAGCAUUACCUCGUUGGAUCGCCAUGCUGAUCCUUUGUCCGAGGUAAUAGCCAGCCUUUUGGUCAACCAGUCGCCUAGAUAGAUCUUUAAAUAGGGUCCCAUGACAGUUAGAAAAUAUAAUUGAUGACAAGGCCACUAUAUUUCUAUGUAAUAGGUCAAGCAUGUGCACUACAGUUUUAUAUACAUUUUUGGCUACUGUGAAGUUACUAGUAGCUAAUUUCAUACAAGCAAAUCUUCUUGACAAUACCUGUAUGAACAUUGCGUGCGAGUCAAAUGCCUAACUUCAGGAUUGCAAAGUUAUGUGAUGCCAACUAUAUUCAUGGUAAACUUUUGUAACGAAGACAAUGUGAAUACAAUUUUACACACACAAGUAUGUUUCACCCGCUUUCGUGAGAUGAAACAUCUACAAAGUGUUGAUCACAAAACGACAAUAAAUUAAAUUAUACA